UCAAUUUGGAGUUGUAAGAUAGUUUAAGUUUAGUUUUUGAAGAAUUUUACAUUUUAUUUUUCAACCCUAGAAGAAUAAAUGCGAUUCUUCACACUAUAUAUUUUUCUUACUCCUGUAUCCAAAAUACUUCGAUUUUUUUCAGGCCAAGUAUACCUGAACAUCAAAAACAAAAACCCCAUUUAUAAAGCAUAGACUUUCAUACAUACGUGAACGACGCAGCCUGCAGUGAAAUAUCGACCGUCAUACAUAUAUGAAUGACGCGACCGUAAAUAAUAGUUACCUGUUAUACGACGUGGCAGUUAAUGUGUUAAGAGACACAUGUAAAUAUGAAGGUAUAAAUAAGGUCCCAUAAAGCGGGGUUAUUCUGGACUGUUUUUCGGACCUUUUUGGAUGUACUAUAAGAAGUGGCCAAGAAUAAAUAAGUUUCAUAUCGAGUUUGGAUAGUUCUACAUACAAGCUAAUAUUACUGAUGAGUAUAUGUACUGCACUGUGUAGGUAAACAAUUUUAUAUUUCGGUCGUGAGUUAUAGUUACUGUUUUUACUGUUAAUUGAUUGAAAUAAUUUCACUUGUAAUUACUAAAGUAAUUAUUAACAUCCUAAACAACGGGGUACAUGUGCGCAAGCAGAUUCAUUAGCUCUUCAGCGAGAUUUGGUGAGAUAAACUAGAUUAACCUCAAGAAUUCUUUCACACUCUCUUCUUAUCACCUUGCUCGAGAACUCAUCAGAGGCGUAUCAAUAAUUAUUUGGUAUUCCUAAUUAUUUUAUUUUAAAUAUUAAAAUGUCUGCUCGCGUAGCUUGUAAAUGUUGUAAUCAAGUUUCUCAUGGUCAUUUAAUGGAUACAUGCAGUGUGUGUAAAUACAAAUUUAAACAUACAUGUGUUGAUAUUACUGCCAAUGAAGUACGAACCUUAAAUAUGAAUAAAUACUAUGAUUGCACCUGUAUCGGUUGUAGAGCUAUCGGAAAAGAUCUGAAAGAUUUAAAAUCUCUUAUUAAACAACUGCAACAAGAAAUUAAGGCAUUAAAAGAUGAGAAAAACCAGCAUACGAAGUCAUCUGAGUUUAAUUUUGAAGAUGUAAUGUAUGAAAUGUCUGAACGACAGAAACGCCGAAACAAUAUUAUGAUCUUCAAUGUUCCGGAGCCAUAAAUCCUUAGCAGCACAAAUUGAAUGCGAUACAAAUGUUAUUAUAGACAUUCUAAAUACCAUUGAUCUUAAACUGGCAGAUACUAACAUUAAACCAUUUCGAUUGGGUUCUUUUUCUAAUUCCAGAAAUCGUCCUAAGUGCGCUAUUCUUGACAUCCUUCGCA